GAAGUCUUCACUUUGCACCCACAUGUUUAGUAGCUGAUGCAAUGGCGAAAGGGCCGGCCAAGCGCCCCGCGAGCCAUGCGCCGUCGGUGGCCAAGCGCCCCGCCACUGCGAGCGUGCGCCUGGGGCGACCGGCGGCCAGCGGGACCGCCCACGCGGCAUUGACUUCGAAGUACGUCUUGGUCUCCUCCUACACCUUGAAGCUGGGGCAUGUGAUGUCCCCCAGUGUGGAGCAGGCCAAGGGAAUCUCCGUCUACCGGAGAGAGAUCAGGGAGGAUGGCAGCUUCGGGGAGCUGACCUUCCAUUGGAGCUGCUCUGACUUCCCUUGCCCAACCUACAUGUGCUGCAACGCCGCACGCACUCGGGUCUAUGCCGUCUCGGAGGUGCUGGAAGAGAGCACGGUGUCUGCCUAUGCCUUCGAUGCCAAGAAGGGAGAGCUCAAACUGCUGAACAGCGUUGCCACUGGUGGCAGCAUCGCGUGCCACGUCUCCCUUACCAGAAAUGAGCGCAUGCUGGCAGUGGCCAACUAUGGCGGCUCUGUGGCCCUCUUUCAGCUCACCGUUGAGGGGCGAAUCUCGACGUGCCUCCAGGUGCAGGUGUCCGAGAGCUUGGGAGUGGGCGUGAACAAAGAAAGACAAGAGGGUCCUCAUCCGCACAUGGUGCACUUCGAUGGGCCCAAUCAGCACCUCCUCGUACCAGAUCUUGGACUGGAUCGAGUGAUGGUCUACAAGCUGGACCACGACUCCAUGGACUUGGUGAAGCAUCUGCCCUUGGCGCCGGGAUCCGGGCCUCGGCAUUUGGCGUUUCACCCGGAACUCAACGUGGUCUACGUGCUGAAUGAGCUGCUCUCCACAGUCAUGGCCUGUCACUACGACGCGGCUUCCGGUGAGCUGACGCCCACGGAAGCGAGGCCCACUGUGCCGGGCGCGCCGGUGGGUGUGCAGGGUCAGACCUUCCCUGCGGCCAUCCGCAUCUCAGGUGAUGGCAAGUUUCUCUAUGCCUCCAACCGAGGGCACGACUCCAUUUCCGUGUUUGCGCUGACGGAGGAGGGGUUGAUCGCCGAAGGCAGCCCGCAGCACUUCUCCACCGCCGUCCGCGAAGUGGUGAACCCUGUGGCGAGUUGGCCACCCAGGGAGUGCCCUCGCGAUUUCGCUCUUUGUGCCGAGGAUCGCUACCUCAUCGCUGCCAACCAGGACAGUGACAGCCUGGUGGUCUUCGAGCGCCACCCGGAGUCGGGAGCCCUCAUCCGCACAGGCAUCUCAGUGAAGUGCGCUGCGCCUGCUUGCGUUUUACCCCUCUUUUGAUUGGAAGCGAGGAGGAGUGGACAAUGACCAUAGCAUACCAUAGCAUCUUAGGAAAAAGAUGCCUGUGCUUCUGGGCGAUGAGGGUGGCAGAUGCAUGCAGAUGCCACCACAUCCUGUGGAGCGAUGAGGCUUGAUGUGAAGAAG